AUGAACGAUAUAGAUGUGAAAAUAGUGGACUCACCGAAGGACCGGUUGGUGGAUUCUGUCGAGUCGCCCUUGGCGGAAAACUCCGGUGAAAAUGAAGUUGAUCCGUUGUGCAUUGACGAAGAAAUGAACUCCGCUAAGGGGCCAGCGGUGGCGGUUAAUAACGCCGAUAUAGAGAAAGGCGCGGGGAACUGUGAUGAUAAUGCCAAAGAAGAGAACUUAGCUGAAAGUGAGCAGAAGGAGUCUUAUGUAGAAGUUAAAACAGAAGAAACAAAAGCAGAAACUCCAGAAGCAGAAUCAAAUUGUACGAGUGAUAUUAAAGAAGAUGGAUCAAAAACGCCUGACCUGGAAUUUCAAAGUGAAGCUACAGAUGGAGAGGUUAAGAUAGAUAAUAAACCACUUGUAGAAGAGAAACAGAAAGAAAUAGUGGAAAAAGAGAUAGAAAGGGAUGUGGAGAUGCUAGAGGCGCCUAUUGAUAAAACAGAUAAGGAGUCAAAGAGCAACUUGUCUAUAAAUGGAGAUAUACUGAAGGAGGAACCAGUUAAACGUAGAGCAAGCGAAGACGUCGACACCGAGUCGCCACUAAAGAAACUGUGCCAAGAAGUUGAGAAGACCUUCCCACAACACGAUAUUAUGAUAAAUGACUACAUCCAAACGGCUACUAAAAACAAUGUAGAUGAAAUACAAAGGCACACAGAGCAGCUACUAUCUGAAAUUCAGACGCUAAGAGAACUAGCACAGAAAAAGGAACACGAGUGGAACAACAUCCUCCACUUGAAGAAAGUAAAGGAAGAGAUAUUAUUACGACUGUUGAGGAGAAAACAAGUGUUAUCCUUCGAGAAGGCAGCGGACGUGAACGGAUCAGAACGAUGCGAUCCCUUUGACUACCUGAACCAAGCAAAGAAUCUUGCGAUAGAUAAGAGCGACGAAAUCUCCGGAUUGUCUUUGAAACCUCCUGGACCCGCCAACCCCAUGCUCCAACCCCCAGUUAUGCCUGUGACAACGCAUUUCAACCUGAUGUCUGGUCUGCCGCCGCCCUAUGAUAAGACAGCCCACAUGCAGCCCAUGUCCAAGCCGAUGUUUCCCCAAGGGCUGAUGAUGCCGGGACCGUUGCCAGGCUUCCCUAGGGAUAUGAAUGGGCAGCUGCCGACCAGCUAUGGCAUGCCGAUGGGACGCCAAGGACCGAUAAAGGAUGUAAAGUCCAUAAUAGCGGAUUAUAGGCAGCGGAACCCAGACAUCGCGCCCCGUAGAGGCAGGCGGAUGAAGUCGAUAGUGAAUCCUAAUAUUAUGAGCCCGAGACCGAUCGCCCCAAAAAUGGACGCCAUUAACAAUAUGGGCAACUUCAAUAUGCUUUUCAAUAACUUGGAUUCGAAUCAAAAGGCGAUGCUGGAACGUCUUCAGCAGAUGCAAGCUGGCGGUAUGCCCAAUGGACUAUCCUUCAAGGACGUCCUGGUGCAGUUCGCGAAUAUGCAACAGCCGGGUAUGAUGCCCAACCGGCCUAUGGAUUUGCCUCGGCCAGAGCACAUACGACCGGAGCGGAGACGGCCAGAAAGAAACGAGGAGGUCCAUAAGCAGGCGGAAAGGUUAGCUUCUCCAAGUCCACGACUGCCUCCUCCCCCACCCUACCCUGAGAUAUCCCUGCUACCAGUCACCACGAGCCAGGAGAAUUCGCAACAGAAUUCCUUGCUGCAUGGCAUCCUCACCAAGAAUUGUGGGGAGAUCACAAUUACUCCAGUGCAGCCGACUCCGCCGCCAGCGGAACCGCAGACCCAGGAGAAAUCGGAAGUUGUGCAGCUGGAUGACGAAGAGAGUCCGGCAUCAGAAGGUGAAGCGGUCGGGAGCGGUGGCUCCGGCGGUUCCGGGGACUCCCCGAGUGGUUCGGGACGCUUAGUUAUAGACGAAGCGGCCGAGGACACGCCCCUCUGCCAGGGGUGCCGUACACGCGACGCGCAGUUUGUGUGCGCGGGCUGCGCUAACCAGUGGUACUGUAGUCGCGAAUGUCAGGUGGCAGCGUGGGACGAACAUUCGGAAAUGUGCUCCGGCUGA